AUGGCGCCCAGCACAAGAGCAUCCAAGCCCAGUGCUGAAGCACCCUACACAGGUCGCAUAACCCGCAGCAGAGCAGCCAGCCAGAAGCAACAGGAGCAGCAGCAAAAGCGACAGCGACAGCAACAGCAACAAGCACCCCCGAAACUUCGUCGUUCAAAGCGAAAACGCGCCAUUGGCGCUGACGAAGACGACGACGACGACGAAGACAAGGACGGAGAUGGCAAUGACAACAACGUCCCCAAAGACAAGAGCCCACCCCCCAAGAGGAGGAGAGGCCCAAACCGCUGCAAGUUCUGCGGCGCCGACCCCGUAGGCAAGGACAUGUUCCAGGAGCGGCCCUGCGACUACACCAAGAUCUGGAAGGAAAACUACAUCGAGUGCCAGAACUGCGCCGACCACCGCUCCAAGAACCCGGGCGUCCAGCACAGGUGCCAGCCCCCCAACAUCAACAAGGUCUGGCGCCAGUACGGCAUCGCGGACCCGACGACAUACUCGCCCGCGGCGUGCGAUGCGUGCCGCGGCGACAGGUUCGAGCACCAGUGCAACGUUGAUUCGAUCCUCGGGUACGGAUGCACCACGACAAGGGCCUGCAGGGAGGGCACCUGCACCGUCAACGGCGUGCCGAUGGAGAAGCCGCCCCGGCCCCAGGCCAACGUCGUCCGCUGGACGCGAGGAGAGUGCCAAGUCUGCGAGAACAAGACCAAGAAGGGCACGGCCACGCUGGGAUGCAGCUGGCUUAGGGACCGCACCACCUGGGAUCGGGCCUGCGACUAUUGUCAAGCCCACAACCUGGUCUGCAUGAGCGGCGGCAACAUCGUGGCCAGUCCCGCGAAGCUGACGCUGCCAAAGACGUGGGCCCUCAACCAUCAGGUCUUUGACUGGGGCUUCAUCGAGUGCAGGGCCAUCAACCCGCACCGCAGAAACUGCAAGCGGUGUCUCGAGGACGGCCACGAGCACUGCCGCGUCGAUGCCGGCGCGUACGGCUUCGCCUGCAACCGCUGCGCUCAGCUGGGCAUCGACUGCAUCGACAGCAAGGACGACACUCACUAUCCCAUCUUUGACCUGGCCAGAGUCGGCAUCGGCGGCUUCAUGCCCUUCCCCGAGUGUUCGUGCUGCACAAGGCACGGGAGGAACUGUGACCUCCAGCGCCCCUGCAACUCCUGUGUCAAGCAUGGCGAUGAGUGUGACGAGUUCACGGGCGUCACGGCCCGAUACUGCUUCAACGGCCGGCUGGACCCGCCUCCUGGGCCUCUUUAUUACCUGGCCCUGGGAUAUGGGCCGCAGGGCGUCGACGACCCCAAGGACGGGUCCGCCAUCGAGCAUUGGGUAGGUCCAGCGACCAACGUCUACUGCAUGCUUCCCAACAGGCAGAAGAAGGAAUAUUUGACGGCAUUGGGUGCCCAUUUGCGAGCCAGACUUCAUCCCCCCGGGGCUCCGCCUCACGGUGAUGUCAGUCAGGGGGGCCUCCUCACCAGGCGAGCGAGUGAGAUAACCCGGCAGCAGGUUGCGGCGCUGAUCCAGGCCCAGUGGCCCCAGGCGCGUCCGAUGAAUCAGUAUGAUGUUUAUCAAGAAUACGUUGACAAGGCACAGGAGCAGGUCCAGGCUGUGCGCGCCGGAAGAGCCGGGGUGAGACUCCCUGAGCUACCCGAAACUGGAGGAGAUGGCGGAGACGAUGGCGGCGACGACGACGACGACGACGACAACGGUAAUGGCGCUGGCAAUGACGGCGGUCAUGGCGGUGACAACAACAUCGUUGUUGCCAACAAUGGUGAAGGCGGCAGCGGCGAUACGCUGAUGCGCGACGCAGCUGGUUUCGGUGACGAGGAGCGUGCCCAUAUCAAUGCUGCUGGCAUCGCCGCCGCUCGUGCCCUUGCUCUCUCUGCCAUCGCAAGCCCACCCCGUCCAGCUCCAACACCUUUCGAGGUCGACGGAGAUAGCUCUCACUGGCUCCUGGGGUACAUCAGUCAAGAAAACAUCAUCACUAACCGUCCGGAUGGAGCAACAGCAGCAGCACCUCAGUUCAGAACCCCCUGGAUGCAUAUGCCCACCCAGCAGCAGUUUGACUUUGACGCUCCGCUAUAUUCGAGCCAGAUGAUGUCCGACGUCGACUUCCAUUCGUUCAACGUCCCUGUCUUCAACCCCAACAUGGACUUCCAUCCAGGUCCAGCCCCUUUCACAAGUCCAGCCCCUUUCACAAGUCCAGCCCAUUUCACAAGUCCAGCCCAUUUCACAAGUCCAGCUCACUUCACAGGUCCAGCCCAUUUCACGAGAAACGUCGGCUUUGAUCAUUUCGCAGUUCCGGUCCCCGAUCCAAGAAUGGACGCCAACAUCAAUCUCGGCUCGUACGCGGUGAACCCCGAAUUCAACCCGUUUCAAGUCCCCGCUCCUGAAGUCGAGAUGGAUGUCAACGACAUCAACUUUGACGACAUCGACAUUGACAACAUCAAUGUGAAUAACAUUAACAUAGAUGACAUCAACACCAUCAACAUGGCCGAUAUCAACGUGAAUGACAUCAACGUAAACGACAUCGACGCCAUCACCAUGGCCGACAUCGACUUCAACCUCAACGGCAACUCAUACACCGACUUCAACCCCACUCCAGUCACCGAAGCUGUCGACAGCGCAGACAUGGACAUUGAUCUCGACCUGUACACAGGCCGACCCAACUUUGACCCGUUCCAGGUCGACGACGGAGCGAACACCGCUUUCGAUCUCGAUCCCGUUCUCAAUCCUCUUGCUGAGCCCGAGUUCCAGGUCGGGACGAACCGCAGCGUGCACAACGGCACCGAUCCCAGAACAGGCUUGCUGGACACGCCGGAUCUGGACGACGCAAUGAUGUCGCUGCUCAUGCCAUGA